AAUCCUCACCAGGGGGGAUGGCGGCCCCACAGCGGCCGUCAAGGAGGAGAGUCCCCAGGCAGCUGCCUUCACGGAGGCCAUCUGUGCCCACCUGGGAGGCCGUGCCCCCAAUAAACACCCCGGCUGUGGAUCCCAAGUUAACCGAGCCAAUGAAAGCAGAAUCAAACUUUCCAUUCCAGUCAACUGAACCUGUGAAAGUUCCCAAUCCGGCCAAGCAGGUCCCAGAAGGUGCGGCGUCCAUGCACCCCGUGAUGGUGCUGCACCAGAUGAAGCCUGGCCUGCUGUACAACACUAACCAGACCACCAGGGAUAACAAGCCUUUCUUCACCGUCACCGCCGACAUCGAUGGCAAGGAGUUCUCAGGCAAGGGGACAAAUGUGAAGAAAGCCAAGUUCUUCCUGGCCAACACAGCAAUACUGGGACUGUACGGGGUAGAAUCCACCUUUGAGAUCUCCGCUUAAUGGAAGUACUAGCUGCCUGGGUACUGGCGGCGGUGUGCGGGGCAGGCGGUCCCUCGCACACGUGGCUGUAGAGUCUGCUACGCGAUAAUGACAAAGUAGAUAGGUAGCUACAUAGUAUUUUAACCUGAAGUCCUGUCUGUGAGUGUUGUCUUGUAUGUUGCUGCUUGCUGAAGGCAGGGAAUGUAGUGAACUGGAGGGGCAGGGCCUGAGUGGCUUACAAAACUCCUGUGGAAGGGAAGUGAUGGUCUGUGCUAAAUGUUGCAGUCUGACGAGUGACGUGGAAUUCAAUUUUUCCACGUGUAAAUCCUUCCAGUCCAGUGUUUACCUUUAUUUUGUUCCAGCUCUGUUACUUAGUGCCAGAGUUAGAAGACUGACAUUUAACGGAAUUCUUAUUUAUGAUUUUGACGUACUUUCUUUUCCCAUUUAUUUAGUUAGCCCGUGAAGUGUGGGUGCUCCUUGUAAAUGGUCGGUGCUGAGCCUGCCAUGAAUGCAAAUGAAAUGCAGCUGAUUGUGAAAGACAGGCACAGGAGAAGGGGUCAGUCACUCAUUCCUGCUUGUGUCAGAUCACUCAUCUAGUGUUCUGCUGUGGAGUGGAGUGGGUGAUGAGAGGGCUGUGGUGAUGGGACAGUGACAGACAAGCCCUACUUACUGAAAACAAAAGUGUGCGAACUCAUCACAUCAACACUUAUUUAGCUUCCUGACAAAAAUGGCAUCCAGUUUCAGAUGUUUAAGGUAUUUAACUCAUCUAUUUAUUUAAAGGUACCCACUCUUUAUGGGUUAAAUGAAAGCUGUACUCUAGUUUAGCAGUCAGUCUCACCACUUGGUUUAAUGUGAGCAGGUAAGGAAGCCCUAGAACCUGGCCGUUGGUUAGGUUCUGGUGACUUCUGGCUGGAAUCUCAGUACCUUAAUUUCUCUUCUGGUUGAAACUUUCUCCUCAAACACAACUGGCUGGAGCUGAGUCCUGGGAUGGUCACCUGUUUAAAUAUUACUACACAAAAUGUUAUGAGUUUGAAUACAUAAUGAAAAUUUCUUGAAUGUGUAUGUAUGUAAAGGUUAUAAAAGCAAGUAUUUUUUUCUUUUUCAAUUUUUGUAUAUAAUUGAGGUUAAGAUGAAUUUGAAACAUUGAUUGCAAUUUAUCAAGCUGGUGUUGGUUUUGGUUUUGAAGGAAGUGUAAGUGCAAGAGGUAUGAAUUUGAAACAUUGGUUGCAAUUUAUCAAGCUGGUGUUUUUGGUUUUGAAGGAAGUGUAAGUGCAAGAGGUAUGAAUUUGAAACAUUGAUUGCAAUUUAUCAAGCUGGUGUUGUUUUUGGUUUUGAAGGAAGUGUAAUUGUACAAGAGGUAAUCAUUUGAUGAGAGUGGAAUUAAUGAAGCAGUUUACCACACCAGUAUUGUCAUUCCUGCUUCCUGUGUGUCCACCUUACCUCUCACACCCUGACGUUUGCCUCAACGCCUUCAUUUAUCACCAAUGCAGUUAGGUAAAUUAUCACUUAUUACUAUUUUCUCAUAUGAAUUCAGAAACACUGUCAGCUUAUCAAAUAGUGUAUCUGUUAAUAUAACCUUUUGUAGGCAACUUGUCCUGUAACCACCUAUGACAUUUUAGGCUCAUUUUUGUACCAGCCUCUUCAACAGUUCUAUAGCUUAUGGAAAACUAAAUUAACUUCCUAUUCUCUCAUUUCCUCUGUCCAUACCAGCAGUUCUCAUAGUACUCUCAAUGUUGAAGGAUGAUAGCAGUCCAAGGGCUGAGCCAGUGAGUUCCAGACCCAGCAGAACAUGACUGGUUCCAGAGCAUCCCUAAAAAAAAAAAAAAAGAAAAAAAAAAAAUACCUAAGCUAUGGGUGUACACACAUACCCAGGGGCCCUGAGAAUACUCUAGAGAGUGUACUUAAGUGUAUAUGGGUGUACACACAUACCCAGGGGCCCUGAGAAUACUAUAGUGUACGUAAGUGUAUGUCAUGUUUUAAAAAAUUUGUCACCUGUUUUGUAAGGACAGCAUAAGUGAAGUAUUGUUUGCAUGUACAUCUUGUUUAUCUAGAGCAGAAGGAUUAAAGUUGAGUGCAGUAUUUCAAUGGGCACAGUUGUGAUGCAUUGUGCCAAGGGUGGUGUACUAGCUAGGAUGCACAGGAGGGCGGUGAGAAGAUGCCUGAUGCUGCAAGUGUUAGGUGGACCUGAUGGAAUGGAUAGCUUGGCUCUUAGUGAUGUACCUUCAUUAUGUUGUGCUGUUGAGGUCAGAAGUCACGUCACGAGCUGCAUUUUCCUCUACCCAGCUGUGCGUUUCAAGUCCAAGAACCUGCUGAGAAUCUGACAAAACCCGAGUGAUUUUCAGCAGAUCAGGGGAAGGAAGAACCGAAUACAGAGAGUAAAUGAAGAGCACUGACUCGAUUUCUGACCAUGACUGUAUGUACUCUCCCAUAGCAUUACAUUGUAUACUGAAAUGGGUUUGCCUGGUUGAACACGUAGCACUGUACCACAACCAUUACACUCCGCCAUGACUGAGUCUGUCCAUGCUAGUCCUCGAAGUAUUGUGUUUUUAAGCUAAUUUGCACUAUUGUUAUGGAAAGUCCUAACCUCUCAGGCAUAGUGUGUAGUUUGGGGACACUUGGUUCAUUCUACAUGGCAUGCUACUGAAAAACUGAAGUAAACAUGGAAAUUUUAAACCAGGGUGGUGUUCCUUGCCUCUGUUGGUGGUGUUGGAGUGGCCUGUGGAGUCAAAGUUGGUGUAGUCAUGUAAAGUCCUGCACUAUCUCUUGUCUGUGUGGUGUGCAGGUGAAUGGAUAAAGAAAGGUGUGCCAAUGGUAGGGAUCAGAACCUUGGCAGCAGGAUUUGGUUAUAUUAAAUGUUACGUGAAGAAAUGGAAGUGAAAUAAAGGAAAUUAGAUCAUGUUAGGUCAAGCAUUGUCACAGUUAAAGUGAAGAGAGAAAAUUCCUUUGUUUUUCCAGGUAUUUAAAGACAGGUGCAUAGAUACUCCUGGGAAUGAAAGGAAAAAUUGAGAAAUGGAGGAGGAGAAAAACCAAGUCAAUUGCUUUUUUUUUUAUUUUUAUGUAUGAGUGACACUGGCCAAGGGCAACAAAAAUCCAAUAAAAAAAAUAUGGCCACUGAAAUGGCAGUCCCAUAAAAGGGUCAAAGCAGUGGUCAAAAAUUGAUGAAUAAGUGUGUUGAAACCUCCCUCUUGAAGGAAUUCAAGUCAUAGGAAGGUGGAAAUACAGAAGCAGGCAGGGAGUUCCAGAGUUUACCAGCGGUGCCCGCUUUGUGUAUUAUGUACAUUCAUGUAUAUUUUUUUCUUUUGUGCAAUAUUUAUAUAUGUAUAUGUUGACAUAAUACUCAAUAAACCUUUAAUAAUAAGUGUCAA